AUUGCCGUUCAAGGGGUGGGUGAGCGCAGCUCGGGUUCAGCCAGGACACCUCUGUGCCUUUAGUGCUUGUCAUUCCCUCACCUUCCCUUUCGUGCCGAGCGGCCCGGGAUGGGGGGGGGGUGUGUGGGUGUGCGUGCUGAGGGAACACCUGGUACCCAGCAGCCUGCUCCGUGCUGCUGCUCCUUCUCUCUGCAUUUAUAUACGAUAUACAAAUGUAAAGAAAACGGGGGGGUGCGUGGGAGCCCGAGCGGCUGGCGGCUCCUGGGCCGGGCCUGACGCCUGCAGCGCCUCACACUUUCCCGCUCCCAUCGCGCCGCCGGAGCGGCCGCCAUCUUUGGCGCGGGCAGUGAAGCCGCCGCACUGAGGCCGUGCCUGGUACCGCCGGGGAGAAGGGGAGCUGGUCGCUGUGGGAGCCGCUCUAGGAAGCGGGCGGCGCACCCACCCCCGAGGAGGGAGAGUUAACGUCCUUCUGAGUCCUCCUUCUCGGAGCUCCGCCGGGGCUGCAGGACUCUCUGGCCAUGAUGAUGCGUGGAAACAAGUUUACAACCUAUAAAGUCAUAAAACUUCACAACUCACAAGGUUAUAAAGCAGGUUCAGAGCCCGUGCCUCAUUUGGUUAGAUCUGUAAACACUGAACAUCUCCUCAGCAGAAAUCACAGCUGCAUUUCUCACAGCCAGAACCUGGGCCACAUGUGGCAGCGAUGGGGGAGCUGUAAGACCCGAAAGCCCAUGGCAAGCACAGCUGAAGCUGCACGGCUGCCCUGGGCAGCUCUUGCUGCUCCCUGGGUGCUCCCCCAGGGGAUGUCCCCUCCCUCUGGGCUCCGCGCUGCUGUCGUGCCGCCCUCAGACCUGCGAGAAGAUGAGCAACUUUAAGGAGGCGCGUGUCAGCCUGGCAGAGGACAUGCAUGCAAUGCAGGAGGCGCAUUCCAGCCUGGCAGAGGACAUGCAUGCAAUGCAGGAGGCGCAUUCCAGCCUGGCAGAGGACAUGCAUGCAAUGCAGGAGGCGCAUUCCAGCCUGGCAGAGGACGUGCAUGCAAUGCAGGAGGCGCAUUCCAGCCGGGCAGAGGACAUGCAUGCAAUGCAGGAGGCGCAUUCCAGCCUGGCAGAGGACAUGCAUGCAAUGCAGGAGGCGCAUUCCAGCCUGGCAGAGGACAUGCAUGCAAUGCAGGAGGCGCAUUCCAGCCUGGCAGAGGACGUGCAUGCAAUGCAGGAGGCGCAUUCCAGCCUGGCAGAGGACAUCCAGGAGAUCCAGGAGAUGCUUGGCCUGGUGAGGACAGGGCUUCCCUCCAGGAUCUGUGGGAGGAGGUGUGCAAGUUUAAGGAGGUGCAGUCUGGCCUGGCAGAGGACAUGCGGGCCAUGCAGAAGGCGCGUUCUGGCCUGGCAGAGGACAUCCAGGAGAUCCAGGAGACGCUUGGCCUGGAAGAACCUGUCCGUGCCCAGGGCUAUGCUGGAGGUGGUUCAGCUUGGUGUGGUGGAAGCAGAUCAGCACAGCGCCUGCCUGGUUGGACCAAUGCAUCUCAUUGUCCUUCUGUCCCAUGCUGAAGGUUCCUCAAGAGCUCAGCUCAGGCAUCCAGAUAAGAGGCAAGUCUCCAAAAUGGCCAGUGCUCAGUGUCCAAAGGACUUCAGGAAACCUGACCCAUCGCUCUGUCCUCUCCAUAAGCCCAGCCUGAAGACAGCCAUGUCCUCAGGCCAUCACGCACCGAGCGUCAGGCUCAGAGCUGCAGCCCCUGUCUUCCUCAGGGACUGGGCAGAGCUGCUCCUCUCCCAGUAGCUCCCAUCAGCUCCCAUCAGCUGCCACCAGUGAGAUGCAUCAAAAUGAGGGGCAGCUGUGGGGGGAAGGAGCAGGGGCAGCUGAGUCACCUCAGGAUGGGUGUAAAUGCUCCCAGUCCCUUUGAAUAUGUCCGUGCGGAGACGAGAUGCAAGGGCACAAACGUCCAUUUUUUCUGCUCGGAUGAGUCCUGAGUUGACUUUUCCAGCGCAGGCGGCAGCUCUCGGUUUCAUCCCCGGUGCUUCUGUGAGACAUUUACCAACCUCUGGGACCCCUGAGGGCCACAGUAAAGUUCACUCUCUCCUGCUUGUUUGGUUUCUCUUUGCUGCUGCUGCUGUGCAUUGGGUCUGACAGAACAGCAAGGAAGGCAUCUGAGGAUGCUGCUGGCUGGGGAGCAAGGCUUUCAGAUCCAGCCCUGGCACAGAGAGCUGCUGUCCCCAAGGAGGUGACAUGCUCCUCAUGAGGCCGGUCCCUUGAGACCUGCCUCAUGCCUGCAGACCAGCGUGGAAAUCACUGGACACAGCCAGAGAAACAGAGAAUCAUAGAACCAUAGAAUGCCCUGAGUUGGAAGGGACCCACGGGGGUCACUGAGUCCAACUCCUGUCCCUGCACAGGACAACUCCAGAAUUCACGCCACGUGUCUCAGGGCGUUGUCCAGUCGCUUCUUGAAUAUUUUCACUCUUGGGGCCGUGACACCUCCCUGGGGAGCCUGUUCAGUGUCCAGCACCUCUGGGUGAAGAACCUUUUCCUCAUGUCCCACUGACCCUCCCUGGCCCAUCUUCUGCCAUUCCCUGGGCUCUGUUACUGGUCACUAGAGAGAUCAGCUGAACCUCUCUGCUCCUGCUCGUGUACCACGGGGCUGCAUCCCAUCGGUGGGGACAUCCUCCUGCCUGCUUUGCUGGCACCUUAGCUCCUUCCCUGGAGGAGCAGCCCACUCUGCCCCUCCCUGGCAGUUAUUAUCCCCGCUUCACAGACUGAAUACAACGUGAUCAUUAAAGUGUAGGCACAUGGUGGCUGCAGAAAGUUGCAUCAGCUUUUACUUUUCCUUGCCAGCUGAAAUGCAAACUGUCACUCAUCUCCCACUGCUCCGGGGAUCCAUUCAGAAGAACACGAGACAUGUCGUGGCCCACACUGCACUUACAUGUCAAGGUUUCAGAAAGAAAUGAGCUCCGCUUCCACAUAGAGCAGCUGAGAAACAAUUACUGCCCUUGCCUCUGCAACAAAGGUUUUCACCAUUGUUUUCUUCUGCACUGGCGUCACACUGCACAGGGUCAUUUUUCUGCUGAUGGGUGGUAACUCACUGAGCUUCAGUGGCCCAACAUGGGGCUGAGCUCAAGAGGCUUGAGGGAAAUUGGGUUUCCAGGAUGAGUUCUUGCUGAGACCUCAACCAAAGUACCGUGUUUCUAAUUGACUUUAUUCCUAUCAAUUCGAGCCUGUAGAGAAAGUGACAGCAAAGACACAGAGGGAAUGUCCUCAGUUGACUCUGCACCCGGUGCUCCCGCCCUGAACUCCCCCUUCCUCUGCUGCCCCAACGAGCAGCAGCACCAGCCCUGCAGUACAUCUCUUUUCCUUGUCGCUCACGAAAGCGCAGAUUUGGGGAAGGGAGGGGAUUCAUCUGUGUCUUCCUCACUCUCAAAGGGAUCAGGUGCCUGAGCAGCCUCCAGGCAUUAUAAACACAGACCAACUGCACUCAGACUUUCCUGGAGGAUGCAUUAGCUGAAUCCACUUCUCUGGGCUCAGGACAGGAAAAACCAGUGGAGAGGAGGGAGCAAGUACGUGAUCAAUGGUCUCUUUGAUGCACAAAUCUGUAAACUUAUGUCAUUGCGUCUUUGGUCCAUUCAAAUGUCCUCCCUAACAGACUCUGAGCCCAGCCUGAACUCCACAGUGGGACUCCAGAGCCAUUUUUAGGCCUCUUGUUUUGCAUUCGUCAGGUCAGCACUCACCAUGAACAGCCAAAUGCUUGGUGCACCCGCCUGGCUGGUUCAUCCUUCACCUAUAUCCAUUCUCCACACUUUCCCAACAUCCUGAGGGGGAAGGUGAGUUUCAGUACGCAGCACAUGGCUGUGCAGCGAAAUCCACAUCUGUAGAUGUGCUGGGUGUGGUGGUGCAAGAUCUCUGAAGCUCUUCCAAAGCACCAGCCCCCACCCUGCUGUGACGUCCCUCUUAAACACCUCAGAGCUUAGUCUGGGUGGAAGGUCCGAAUGUGAACAGCAGCGCUAAUGCUGAUUUGAAACUCUACUCCUGUCCCGGCCUGCUCUCCCUAUUUUGCCUGCUUUGCUGGGAUACUGUCUCCUGCAACCAGAAUCCACCUACCAGAAAAGGCACCCCAUGGCCUCUGGGGUGAAGAUGCUCUGAUGCUUCCAACCCUCCCAGGAAAUGGAGAGACACUUCAAAAUCUUUGGUUAUUUUAAUCGUAUGAAAGGGACUCAGCAACUGGGCAGGACAAAAGAGCUAGGAAGGUUUGGAACCUUCACGGACGUAACACAACAUCCCUAGGGCUCUCUGUCCUCCUCUUGCCCUUAAUGCUCGUGCUUAGCUGCUCGCCGGUGGCUCUCCAUGUCCUUCGUUUCACCUCCGUAACGAUGUCAUUGAGGUCUAGGAUAGACUGCUGAAUCUAAGGUAGGGAAGAGAGAUGGCAGAGGUCAGAGCAGGGCUGGGAACAGGAGGCAGAGAGGAGCCCAUUGGCCCUUUUGGAGUGCAAAUUUCACCAACCAAAUGAGCAGGAGGAUAAAGGCAAUUGCCCUGCUGGAUCUGCACCACCAGAAUGGGCUUGUACAGGUGAGUCAGAGGGGUGAAUGAAGCCAGAGUGUAGCCCUGUAGCCAUGGGCGGAUCUGCACCCCCUGCCCCAGCCUGCCCAGCUCCCAACAGGCACCCACCCCCUGCUCUGCCUCCUGGGACGAGACAGGUUUGCCUGGUGUCCUCCACCCAUUCCCCGUGCCCAAGAGACAGCCCAGGUGGAACGGAAAGUGUCUGUUGGGCACCUUGAUUUCUCUGGGCUUUCCCCUCCCUUUGGGCAGCUGAGGGUCAUUACUGCUCCUCUUUCUGGGCAGGGAGGGGGGUCUGGCUUGGCUCUACCAUGUCCAGCUGUCUGAGGCUGUCAUCCUUCGGCACAUGCACUUUUGCUUUCAGCUGCGUGUUCACGCACUGGAAGAGGUUGUGGAUGGCCAUCUUCAUAGUCGUCAGCAUGAGGCUAUUCUUGACAUUCCUGUUCUGGAUGUCGGCCCAGCGAGCAGUCUGAGGAGGGGAGGAGGAGGAGAAGGAGGAGGAGGAGGAGAAGGAGAAGGAGAAGGAGAAGGAGAAGGAGAAGGAGAAGGAAAGAGAAGGAGAGACACACAGCAUGGUGAUAUGUCCCAGCAAAGAUGCUGCUUUGGUGCUGGAGACCCUGGCUUCCACACUCCUUUGUUUUGCUAGGAAGAACCUGUCCUUGCCCAGGGCUGUGCUGGAGGUGGUUCAGCUUGGUGUGGUGGAAGCAGAUCCAGGAACUACCACAGCUGCUCCUCGAGCAGCCCCAUCUCUCUGCCAGCUCCUGCACUCCUCAUUCUAGUGGGUCCUCCAGAUACCCCGACAGUUGACACCCUGGGGGCAGCACAUCCCACCACCACCCGCCCGGACCAGGCGCUUUCCAGCUUUGCCUGGUGGGACUCAACUCCUGCAGCUGGGAGUAUCCAGGAAGGGAAUUUGGCAAGGCCCCCUCAGAGUGAUGCAAAGGGAACAGAGGCCAGCAGGGCUGCGGGCAUUUCUACACAUUGAUGUGCCUUGUUACAGCCCAGAUGACCACCAGUUUGGUCAUUUUUGGACUGGUAAGGAGGGAGGAGAAGGGCUGAGCCCUGGUGUGUAGAUGCUGUGCAAAGGAUGAAAACAAAUAAAAAACCAGCAAAACCAGCUUCACUCUGAGGCCCGUGCCAUGAACAGUGGAGACCAUGAGAUGUUCCACACUGAAGCCCCAUUACAGGGAUGAUGCUGCAAGGAAUGGUGAAUGGAAAUGAGUCUGACCGGGCUACACAAACCCAAGAGGCAUGUGAUGGAGCAUGCUUGGGUUUUGUGCCAAGGCAAACCUCCCCAUAGCCCGGGUAGCAGAUCUCUUUUGACUGUGAGUUCAAACAAGAAGAGAAAGAUCCCGGCGGUUUUGUGAGGGCCUUGUUUUAACCCCUGACAUAACCUGCUCCAGACCUGUCUGUCAUUUGUCCUUCUGCAGCCCCCUGCAGGGAUGAAAUGAGGCAUCUCCUCCAAUUACAAAGUCUGCUACUGUG